GUAUCGCCUCUGGUUGUUACACUUGUCACUCUGUUUGUAAACUUCAAAAAAUUUGUUGCGUUAAUUUGAAAGAAUGUUUGUCGAGUAACGUUACAUUUAAAAAAUUGUGAAACGUGAACGUUAUUUUAUCGAAAACCUGAAAUGAAUUUAUUUAUAGUAUCGACUAUAAGUUGUCUUUUAGAAUAUAUUGUUCCAAUUUUAAUAAAAUAUAUUACAUCACGUGUAUAUACAGAAUCGAAACAUGUUGCGGAAUUACGAGACGAAGUGGUUAACCUAAAGCAAGAAAUGAGUGGGAUAAUCCUAAAUGAAGAAUUUUCAAAAUAUGCUAAACUUCAACGUAAAUGUAAUAAAUUAAUUUGCAUUUUCAAAGAAACAGUAAACGAGCGAUUGUCCUCCAGAGGGAAGAUACAACAAUUUGCAAUAUAUGGUUUUCAUAUAGUAAAUGCUUUAUUUAUGUUGAUUUUGUUUUACCUUUACAAAAAUAAACCAGUAAUAAUCUUUCCAAAAGGUAUGUUAUGGCCUGUACAAAAUUUCUUAAGUUGGCCAGGUUAUCAUGAAGAUUCAAUUUCUUUAAUUAUGUGGGUUGUAAUAUCUAGAGUAGUUGUAUCUUCGUUUAAAAAAAUUGAUAUAAAAGAAUUUUAAUAACUAAAACUAAAAUGUAUAAAAACAACAAAGUAAAAUUUCUUUAAAAGGUUUCCAGAGUAUGAAAAUUCGAUGCAAGUUGGUUUCCAACUAUUAUUGGAUGAAUAAAAACAAUUUAAAAAAUGUACAUUAAAUUAUUUUUCCUCUGGGAAAAAUUUUAAUGGGAGAUCCUAGAGACAUCUUGUAAUACCUCAUUAUUUUAUAUAAUUUUUUAUAAGGAUAACAAUAAAUUUGAGGGGAUAUAAUAGCAAAAAAGUGACUGUAUUUAGUAAAAGCUUGAGUAAAGUACAUAAUACAUAAUAGUGAAAUAUAUAUCUGCAUAUAAUUAUUGAUAAGUAAUAAUAAUAAUUUUGUUUUAACAAAAUCUUUUUAUAUAUGACAAUUGAUACAUCUAUAUUUUUCUAUAUAAUGUAGCAAACAAUGUUUUAUCCACACGUAGAGUAUUCAUAAAACAUCUAUUUUAUAAAGCUGGAAAGAAAUUGAUAAUUUUGUUUGUUAAUUUAAUUAGUUUAGAUAAAUAUUCACCUUACCCUUUAAUUUAGCUUUUCAGUUACAUCAUUUUGCCUUUUCGUUAAUGGCUUUAUAAUUUUAUAUUGCGACACGUAUGAUACCCAAAUAUUACAUGUAUAAAUUGUAUUAUAGGAAGUUCUAUGAUACAAAAAAUAAAUUAAUAUUGUUUAAAAUGAAAAAACUGACCUGUUGGAUAUUGAACAAAUGUUGUCGAUAACAUAGUUUUAACGAGAAAUUGGAAAAUGUUAUGAUUUUAAUAAUUUAAAGCACUAAUUUUGAAUAAUAAUGUUCAAAUUAUUAU